CUGCUGCUGGAUAGUAAACCUCUCAUCCUUUCUCCCCCUCACUCCCUCUCACUCUAUCUCAGUCGAGCUGGCUGUACACACCGACUCGACCCUCCUCCGUGGUGGCUGCUGCUUCUCCUCGCGUGUCUUUCCUUACUGAACGGACAACAACCGCGCUCGAGCAAACUUUUUUGUGCUGUUUUUUUUCGCUUACAGGUUUCCCUUUAUUACAUUUCGCUGUCUUGUUUGUCGGUUUUAAUACAAAAAAAAAAAAAAAACUUCCAAGAGGGAACCAUGCAAGUUUAUGUGGCUGUGAUAUUCGCGUAUGGUGUGUCCGCACUCAAUAUCACAGAAGAGAAGGCUUCAUGCCCCCUUGGAUAUUUCCCCUGUGGGAACCUGACCGUGUGCCUCCCCCAGCUCCUGCACUGCAACGGCAUCGAUGACUGUGGAAAUCAGGCAGAUGAGGAGAACUGUGGAGAUAACAAUGGAUGGCCUCAUCUUUUUGACAAGUACUUUGGGAUGCCUAGCUCCAACACAGGGACCAAGUCCAAUGUAUGCUUGUUGGGGGUCUUUCCUGAGCUCUGCCAGUGUCGAGACCUGGAGCUGGACUGUGAUGGCGCCCAGCUUCAAGACAUCCCAGUGGUGGCUGAAAAUGUUACCAUGAUGUCUCUACAAAGGAACCGGCUUCAGACACUUAAAGCAAACAUAUUCUAUAAGUACCGGAGCCUACAGAAACUAUAUCUGCAGCACAACAAAAUCCAGGAUGUGAGUCCUGACGCGUUCAGAGGCCUCUAUAAUCUAACAAGGCUAUAUCUGAGCUUUAAUAAGAUAUCUGUCCUGAUGCCGGGCGUAUUCCAGGACCUGCACAAGCUGGAGUGGUUAAUCCUAGAAAAUAAUAAUAUCCAUCAAAUAUCCUCCACAACCUUCUCAGGACUGGACUCCCUUGUUUUACUGGUUCUGUUGAACAACUCUUUGUCAAAGCUGGAUGACAUCUGUCAGGAAAUGCCAAGACUGAACUGGCUGGAUUUGGAGGGAAAUGUGAUUGAAACCAUCGGAAACGUCUCUUUACACUCAUGCAGCAUGCUGACAGUUCUGGUCUUACAGAGGAACAGCAUCAGCUACAUCCAUGAACAGGCGUUCUCAGUCCUACAAAAGCUUGGAGAGUUGGAUCUGUCCAACAACAGAUUGAUGGCACUCCCUCCAAAUCUCUUUGUCCUACUGGAGGAUUUGCUCCAACUGAAUAUAUCCUACAACCCCAUCGUGGAGCUUCAAGUUGACCACUUUGACAAGCUGCAUAAACUGAAGUCUCUGAGCGUAGAGGGGAUAGAAAUAGAAAACAUUCAGCGCAGGAUGUUCGAACCUCUCAAAUACCUGACACAUAUCUACUUCAAGAAGUUCCAGUACUGCGGCUAUGCUCCUCACGUGCGCAGCUGCAAACCCAACACUGACGGCAUCUCGUCCUUCGAAGACCUGCUGGCCAACAUCGUGCUGAGGGUCUUCGUCUGGGUGGUCUCAGCCACCACCUGCUUCGGGAACAUCUUCGUCAUCUGCAUGCGCUCGUACAUCAGAUCGGAGAACAAACUCCACGCCAUGUGCAUCAUCUCCCUCUGCUGUGCAGACGGGCUCAUGGGCAUCUACCUCUUCAUGAUAGGUGCGUACGAUCUGAAAUUCCGUGGCGAGUACAACCGGCACGCUCAGGCCUGGAUGGACAGCAGCCAGUGUCAGGUCAUCGGCUCUCUGGCCAUGCUUUCCACCGAGGUGUCGGUCCUUCUCCUCACUUACCUCACUCUGGAGAAGUACAUCUGUAUCGUCUACCCUUUCAAGUACCUGACGCCUGGCUGGAGACGAACAGUCACCAUCCUGCUGGGGAUUUGGGUGUUUGGCUUCAUUGUUGCCUUCCUGCCGCUGGCCUGCAAGGGGCUUUUUCGCAACUUCUAUGGGACCAAUGGAGUCUGCUUCCCACUGCACUCUGAGCAGCCAGAGACACUCUGGGCUCAUGUUUACUCCAUCGUCAUUUUCCUAGGUCUGAACUUGGUGGCCUUCCUCAUCAUUGUACUAUCCUAUGCCAGCAUGUUCUAUAACAUCCAGAGAACAGGGACUCAGACCACCAAAUACAGCAACCACAUCAAGAAAGAGGUGACCAUCGCCAAAAGGUUCUUCUCCAUCGUCAUCACCGACUCCCUCUGCUGGAUCCCCAUUUUCAUCCUGAAGAUCCUGUCACUGCUGCAGGUGGAGAUCCCCGGUACCAUCAGCUCUUGGGUGGUCAUUUUCAUUCUCCCCAUCAACAGCGCCCUGAACCCCAUCCUGUACACUCUGACUACACGGCCUUUUAAAGAGACCAUUCUGCAAGUGUGGGCCAACUACAGGCAGAGACGGCCUCUGCUCAGCGGGCACCUGGCUCAGCAUCCGUCACUCACCUGGCAGGAAAUGUGGCCGCUGCAGGAGAACAGCCACGGCCUCACCACGGGACACACACACGAAACGAUGGGCACGACAGCAAAGCUCACCCCUGUGGAACAAGCCAACGAUGGAUACAGUGACGCUACCAAGUGCACGCAGCAACCACAGAAGCAGCAUAUAGUGCUGUCAGUGUGUUCACAGAAACAAACACCCACACCUACACCCACACCCACACCCACACCCACAUCCACAAACUCAUACACAAAAAGCACGUGAACAACAGAAUCUAUCUGUUCACGAUUUCAUCAUCACCUCAGCACAUUCAGGCUCAUUUAUCUCUGAUGUUUAAAGUGUGUUUCUAUCUAUAGCUGUGUUGGCAAACCCACUGUGAGCAUCUAUUUUCCAGGCAGCAGUCAUAAUGGCUUUGGCAUAGGCAUGCAGAGAACUCUUGGCAGCCCUUCCUUUAUUUAGGACUCACGUUGGCUACAAAAACAAAUCUGUUCAUACAGCUGUCAUUCAGCUGUUGUUCCUCAAAGUUUAAUUUGUACAUUUAUUUAUUUUUACAAAGGGCUGAAACUUGAAUUAAAAUUUAAAAUGUUGUAGUGUUUAGUUUAAAUUCUGCUUGCUGAUACAAUUUGGACAAUUAAUAAUCCCAAACAGUGAUUAAAGAUAAUAUUUGAUUAUAAUUGAAGAAUGUAGACUUAUUAAAAAUGAACCUCUGCUUGUUAGGCUCCAAAACAGACUCAUUAAACAUUUUAUUGAACGCUAACAAAAUCUAUCUUGGUUUAGAACUUCAUCACUAAUUCUAGAAACGGUACCUAACCAAAAUAAAUAAAAACUUUGACUAAGUGUUGCUUGAAUAACCUUUGAAGCUUGUUUUAUUGAGUGAAAAUAUUGUGGAGAAAGAGUUUGAUUAUCAUCCCUGUGGAAAUGGUGAGGUGCUCAAACUUUAUGACCCAUACUGAACACCUAAUCAGGGACAAAGAAUGCUAAUUAGCCAUGGUGAGAAGUCCUGAAGAUAUACAAUGCAGCAGUUGCACUUAAAUUAAAUGUAACAAUGCCUUUUUUGUACUAUCCCUGUUAAAUACACAGAUAAAUAAAUAAAGUGGGAGUCUUUAGAUUUCAACAGGACUAACAAAAAUAUCCUUAUCAUGGUGUCCUGAUAUUAAGAGUUUAAUGUCAUCCCAUGCUGGCAUUAAAUAAUGAUUUCAGGCUUUCUCUGCACACAAAAAAAACAACAUCUGCAGCACAUGUGGACAUAAACAUUAAAGUCUGAAGCUGAUUGUGUCCCUAAAAAUGCAGCUGAAUUACAUUUUGCCCAGAAGGCAAACUCUUCAACACGACCACAGUUUACAUAAGCUUUUAUAACUCCUCAGCCAUCUGUGGGAGAAAUUCCAUUGUUCAGCGUGCCUUUCUUCAGGCCCUGUGUGAGAAUUCUUCACUCAACUUUCAUUGUUCACUCAAGAUACAACUGUGACAAACUGAGUAAAAUUGUAGCUAAAGGCUUUGAACCUACAUAACUCUGCAUUUAAUGAAAGAGAUAAUAUAGAGGGUUUUUCUUUGUUGAGUCAGUCACUGGUCAGUUCUGUUGAGAAACUUUAAAGGUUUACCUUUUUGAUUUUCUCCCUUCAAGAUUGAGGACACACCUCCAUCUCAUGUCAUUUUUGCUGGUUUCAUCUCAUAUUGAUGAUAAAACUUGCAACCUACUUGUAACAAAAAAAAAAUGAGGUCAUGUAAUUAUGUUUCAGCAUUUAACCGGAGCUCUAAGAAGGGGUAUGGCCCCAUUUACAACUCUGUAAAUAUAUAUAUGUAAAACAAUUCCUCUUGAAUGUGAUGUAUGAGACAUGUUGAGAACUUUACCUGACCUUUUAUACAACCUGUCCUUCAAUUCUCCAGCUGGUCUGGGGUUUGAAAUUGGACUCAGCAGUUGCUUACCAACCAACACACCACACUACCAAUGUUUACACUGUGAUUUACACGGUAAAGACAUUUAUACAAAGAUCAUUAACUCAUCUGUGCAUACACUGUUCAAUGAACUACUGAUUUCUGUGGAAAUUGAAUCUUUCAGACAUUGUUAAUGCAUGAAUGUAAGGCAAACCUGCUAUAAUGCAGGAGAGGAUACAUUGGUGAUUAAAACUGAGGUUUGUGAAUAUAUCGUGUGCUGUUUACAUACAGUGUGUACUGCUUGUUUGUUUACAUUACCAUCACCUACAAGCUGAAGGAGAGGAACCCAGCAGUUUGCUGAUGUGAUCUUUCUUAAUGUCUUCAGACUUAGGUUCACAAUGGAUGGGGAAGCUGUUGGUAGACUUGUGUUUUUAUUUGAUUUGUUGUGUUGACUUGUGAUCCACAAUGAAUAUCUUCAAAAAGUU